AUGGGGUUCCCCCUGGUGUGCUACUGCGUCGCCAUCCCCAAGCCGGUCAUCGCCUUCUGCAAGCUCGUCGCCGCCGUCAGGGACGCCCUCCUCCUGCUGCUCUCCCUCGUCGGCCUCUGCCGCUCCCCGCGCCGCUCUGUGGACGACGCCCCGCUGCCCGAGGAGGUCAAGGAGCGCCUCCCGGCCGUCGAGUUCGGCUGCCUGGCGCGUCCGGCGCAGCAGCAGCAGCACGACGGGGACGACGACGAGGUCGCCGCCGCGGCGACGUGCAUCGUGUGCCUGGAGAGGCCGCGGGCGACGGACGAGGUGCGGCGGCUGGGCAACUGCGCGCACGCCUUCCACCGGGGCUGCAUCGACGGGUGGAUCGACCUCGGCCGGACCACCUGCCCGCUGUGUCGCUCCCACCUACUGCCUCGCGCGCGGAGGGACGGCCCGCUCGCCAGCCUCCUCACGCGCGUUUGGUGA